UCCAGGCUUGUUUUCUUUACAUAAUGAUAAAGAUAGGAGGACUUUUAUAUAUACAGAUGUGUCUAUACAGUUUUAACCUACAGAUAUCUUAGGUCUACAUCAUUACCUGAACAGAAAUACAAAAUGUGUUGUGGAAAAAAACCAAACAAUUGAGAAAACAGGUUUUCAGGGCCUUUAAAAAUUAAAUUGAAUGUGUUUGAGGAGUCGUGUCUGUUGGGGAUCUUUAACUUCAGCAGGCUUCUCUGUAACUUCAUAAUCAGGAAGAAGCCAAAUGGCAUCUGCAAAUGUCCACUGUUUUUUAAACCCCCCUCAAAAUGUAUCAGUUAAAUAAUUUAUGUUUUAUGGUUUAAUGUUAAUGCUCAUUUAUCUCCAUCUAUCCAUUAUCUAUACUGCUAAGUAUUCUGUUAAGAUGUUAAGGGUCGUGGCAGGGCUGGAGCCAGUAAAUAUAGUUUUAUGAAUUUGUUGCAUGUUGGUCAACAUGACUUCCUUCUUUUAAUCUUACAGCCAGUAUUUUAUAUAUAGUUUAUAUGUUUUCUGUUGUCCUAUUGCCUGUGUAUUGUGGUGUGUGUCAAGCACAAUAUUAAAGAAUUAUUUAGAGAAGUGCUGCAUCUACACAGGAACAGAUGUGUCAGUAUAAAUAACUAUAUACAAUUUCUCAAUUUAAUCCUUGUACAGCAGAAUUAAAACAUCCAGCGGCUGAAGCUUGACUGAUGAAACACACACUGUCACAGCUGUGUGCCGCUGCAGCGUGUGUUUCUGCUCUGAUGCAGAAUUUCGCAAAACCUGUGAGAAUCUUCUACCUUCAAGGGAAGAAACACACAUCCUGUGAACCUGACACCAAUACAAAUGGGUCCAGAGAGACACGUCACACACACACACAAAGGUGUGAUGGAUGUGCAGGGGCCACACAAGACAUCAUGGCAUCCAGGGGGAGAUCGUCAGCAUCCACACCCUUGUAUUGGCGCUGUGAUUGGAUGAUCGGACAGGAGCAGAAUCCCUGAAGUGUUGGGUCAUUUUCUAAAAGAUGUUUUUCCAUUCCUGCCAUUUUGAGGUGAGGGCUCAGUUUUUCCUCACACUGGGACAGACACACACGGGAGUCACAAGGAUUAGGUCUGAGAGCAAGGACAACAGUCACGUUAGGAAGGUGCUGCAGUAUCCCUUCGAACAGAUCUCUGUUCCUCUGGCUGGUGUCCUCUUCACUCUCUGAUUGGGCGCGUCAUGGAGGUUUUCUACAUCAACUCCUCCAUGCUCUUCGUCUCUCACAGACCCCUCAACAACACCUACGGCGAGAAGACGGUGUACGAGCAGUGCAAAGAGCUGCCCGCUGUUCUUAUCUGGUACCUGUGCCUGCAGUUCAUCAACAUGUUCCUGGGCAUCCCGGCCAACAUCAUGGUGCUGUGGCUCAUCCACAAGAACAAGGGCGACUCCUCCACCUCAGACAUCUUCAUCCUUCAUCUGGCAGUUUUGGACGUUCUCUUCUGUCUCAUCCCACCACUGGAGCUGGCCAACAUCGUCUUCCUCACCACCAGCAGCACCUGGUACGUCCUGCGCUUCUUCUAUGGCAUCAAGGACUCCUCGCCGCUCUUCCUCUCCUGCAUCUGCCUGGACCGGUACAUGGCCGUGGUCCACCCCAUCACCUUCACCGAGCUGAAGGACCGCAAGCACAGGACGGUCCUGGCCAUAGUGGUCUGGCUUAUCACCCUGGCCUAUGCUGCCGCUAAAUGCGUGGGCAACAUUGUCAACUUCGAGAAGGUCUUCACGGCGAUGAUCCUGGCAGCGUUCGCCUUCAUGGUCUUCUGCAACAUUGUGAUCCUCUGGGCGCUGCGGCAGUCUGGGCCCGGCAGAGACGAGAUGCACCCCGUGAAGAAGAGAGCCUUCAAAAUGGUCCUCAUCAUCCUGGCCAUCAUAGUGUUCAAUUACUUCCCGCCUGUCGCACUGUUCCCCUUCCAGGACUACUUCUCUCCUGAUGUGUUUCGUUGCUAUAUUCACUAUGUCGCCUUUGGCUUGAUGGACUUCAGCAGUACCAUUCAGCCUAUGCUCUACCUAUCCAAAGAAAAGCUGCUGUGGAGCCUCAACUGUUGUCAGACCAGUACGACUCAUAUCCAAUAGGGACACGUGCAAGUUCCCUAUGUUUUUGUAUGUUGCAAAAGUUGUCAUAUGAAUGUACUGAUGUAGUGAAAUACAAGAGAAUAGGUUUUGUUCUUGUGUUGAACAAAAGAUGUACUGUGCAGUGGUUCCUAGGGUCUGGGUCACCCAAGGGAGACUCCAAAGACUACAGUUCUUGUCUGUUAUAAUAACUCUACCUUGGUUGUUAAAAUACAGCCCAACUUCAUCCACAGCAGUACACAGAUAAAGCGUAUGGAUUUUUAAAAAACCUGUGCAGAAAUCACAAAUCACAAAAAGGCAUAUUUUCCCAGUUAACCCUGGUAGUAUGUCUGGGUUGUAUUUGUCCAUGUUUUGAGAUACUAGAGAUGAUCAGUCAAUUAGUUGACUGUUGAAGUGAUUUUUCAAGCAUGAAAUGCCAAAUAUUAGCCUGUUCCAGCUUCUUAUUUUCAGACAAUUAAUUAAUGAUCGACAAGUUAAUCAAUAAUGAACAUAAUUGUUAGUUGCCCUAAGACCAACCAAAUCUCUUCUACCCAAAUAUAAUAAGGUGAGAUUUUUUGCUGCUUAAAAUAUUCAAAAAGGACAUGUCUUUCCAGAAAUAAUUUACAUAAUUGCAUUUCCAUAAUUUGGAUAAUGUAGACCUUGUCUUGUCCUUGUCUUUUUCUAAUGAAGAUAGUUAUAAUGGUUAGACAGGACACAUUUUUUGCCACACCAAUGUGAAAUAAGCAGAUAAUUUUCUUUUCUUCAUGCUUCAAAGACUGGGACCACUGCAUUAUGCAAAGGCACUUGUGUAUGUACUGUGUUGUUAUCUGCUUUUCUCCGUUGCACCAAAUGC